AAUUGUUUGGUUUGGUUUGGUUCCUUUUCUGGCCUUUCCUGGUGCCUUUUGAGAUCGUGUAACCUCCAAGCCUUCGGAGUCAUCCACUGCAAUCGCGGGAACCCCCUAGACGGUCAAGAGCAUUCAAGAUGUCUUCCACAGCCAUCCCGAAGCGCGUUGCGCUGAACCGCAACCCAGGCACGGAUUCCUCGGUCCCCAGCGUCUCGGCGUCGCCCUUUGACAGCCCGCGUCAUUCCCCGUCCUCGACCUCACUGUCUUCGAUGGCGUCCGAUGUCGAGAACAAGACCAAGAUGCUGGACACCUAUGGAAACGAGUUCAAGAUCCCCGACUACACGAUCAAGCAGAUCCGGGACGCCAUCCCCGCCCACUGUUUUGAGCGGAGUCCGGCCAUCAGCUUGUACUAUGUGUUCCGCGACAUCGCCAUCUUGGCCUCCAUCUUCUAUGUCUUCCACAACUAUGUCACUCCCGAGACCAUCCCCUCCAUGCCGCUGCGCGUUGCCCUGUGGACCAUCUAUACCGUCGUCCAGGGUAUGGUCGGUACCGGCGUCUGGGUCUUGGCUCACGAGUGUGGUCACCAGGCUUUCUCCCCGUCCAAGGUGUUGAACGACACUGUGGGCUGGAUCUGCCAUUCCGCCUUGUUGGUGCCCUACUUCUCCUGGAAGAUCUCCCACGGUAAGCACCACAAGGCCACUGGUAACCUCGCCCGUGAUAUGGUCUUCGUGCCCAAGACCCGCGAGGAGUACGCCUCCCGCGUCGGCAAGGCCAUCCACGAGCUCAACGAAUUGAUGGAGGAGACUCCCAUUGCGACGGCCACCAACCUCCUUCUCCAGCAGCUGUUCGGCUGGCCCAUGUACCUCCUGACCAACGUCACCGGCCACAACAACCAUGAACGCCAGCCCGAGGGCCGCGGAAAGGGAAAGCGCAAUGGCUACUUCGGCGGUGUCAACCACUUCAACCCUAGCAGCCCUCUCUAUGAGGCCAAGGAUGCUAAGCUGAUUGCCCUGAGUGACCUGGGACUCGCCAUCACCGGAUCCAUCCUCUAUUACGUCGGUUCCACCUAUGGUUGGCUCAACCUCCUGGUGUGGUAUGGGAUUCCUUAUCUCUGGGUGAACCACUGGCUGGUUGCCAUCACUUACCUCCAGCACACCGACCCCACCCUUCCUCACUACAAGCCCGAGGUGUGGAACUUUGCUCGUGGAGCUGCUGCUACCAUUGACCGUGAUUUCGGCUUUGUCGGCCGUCACAUCUUCCACGGCAUCAUCGAAACCCACGUUCUCCACCACUACGUCAGCACUAUCCCCUUCUACAAUGCCGACGAGGCUAGCGAGGCUAUCCAGAAGGUCAUGGGUAGCCACUACCGCACCGAGGCCCACACCGGCUGGACUGGAUUCUUCAAGGCUCUCUGGACCAGCUCUCGCGUCUGCCACUGGGUAGAGCCCACCGAGGGAUCCAAGGGCGAGAGCGAAGGUGUACUCUUCUACCGUAAUACCAACGGCGUCGGAGUUCCUCCGGCCAAGCUUUCCAAAUAGAUGUUUGUUGAUAUAGAACGGCUAUCUUUUUUCCAUUUCCGUGUGGUGCUCUCGCAGGAUCGAGUGGCCACGAUCUGGACACUCAUCGUCAUGGCAUAGAGCAGCUGCGAAUUGAUCGAUUGAAUCUGAACUGUUGAAGGCGUAUCUGGGGAUUAAGAUCUUGGUGAAAGUAUCAUAUAUUUGUUUAAUCACGAUUAAUCUGGGGCGUCUUUU